AGCGCCGGCAUUUGGGACAGCCCUGCGAGAAGUUGAAGAAUCGUGAUUUCGUCACUCGGUGCCGACCAAGCGGGUUGGUGAUCAGCCACUUAUCAAAAUGGAAUGCAAGCAAUGGAUGUUCCACCAUGGCAUGCAUUUAACUACUGUACGGAAUACAGCCCGCACUGCAUCGAAACAUCGCAUGUGGCGUCAGACGAACCGGUUCGACCCGUCUCGCGCAACGUUGGCUCGGGUUGGUCCAUUCAGUGCCAUUCAAACAUCCUUGGCCAGCGAUUGGGCGGCGGGAUCGACAGGACUGCUGACCUUGAACGGCGUGACUGGCACGACUUGUUGUUGGGCCACUGUGAUGAGCCACUGUGGGCGUGCUGGGGGAGCACUGCGAAACGGGGAGCAUGGAAACCUGGAAGGUUCCCAAAGCAUCGAUUGGAUGGAUUAUGUGGUCAGGAGAGGGAAAAGCGGAGGGAAGAGGGACUGGUGGAGCAGAGAGAGCGGCAGAGCCGAUGUCCCGUCGGCCACGCGACCGUUGCGAGUGUGUUCUCCGUUGCCGACAAUGGGCAAAUGGCUGGUGCCCUCACGCGCGCGGCGGGAUACGAGCAUCGUUCACACCAAAAGUGGCCCCAAGCUGCCCAGAUGGGAGACCCCCCUGUCUCUCAUCCCCCUCCUACCCCUGCCAGCCCCUUCCCGUCCGCCGCGCAAUCUGGGAAAACCAACUUUUGUUGCUCAGCCAUCCUUUCUCUCAACAUACUCCAAAAAGCCAUCUCACAAAUAAAUCCACUCGUUUCCAUUUCCCCGCUCUCGUUUACCAGUUGAUUUGAUUUUACGUUCGAUAUCAUACACAGCACUACCAAGCAUCCAAGGUAGCUAGCCCAGCCAGCUUCCUCAAUUUCAGCACGGGUAAUACAUUUCGACCCACCCAGGUCACACGGCAAACCCUUCAUUUCGCUGUGUUUGGAACGAGCCUGUCUUGCGCCUUGGUCGCCUUGCAUCCGAAACCGUCGGCUCGGCCUGGGCGAUCCUCGAAAACUCGACACGCUCCACGAAUAAUAGAGGAGG